UUAAUUAAUUGGUUAAUUUAAUAAUUAGGCUCAAAAAUAUUGAAUUGUUUAUCCCUCGCCUUAUUUUUAUUUAUUUUUUGCUAGACGUUUAGCAGUGUUGUUGUUGCGGCAAAAUAGUGAAGCUUUUGAAUAUCAUCAAGGCGACAUAUUUUUUAAAGAAGUUAUCAACACAUGUGAUUGUUUCGCCUUUCGCACAUAACCCAAAAACAUGUGUUUAUCUGUCAAACUUUAUUGAAUUCUAAUGUUUACAUACUUGCAAACUUCUUGAUGAUAAAUAAUUUUUUUUAAAAAUGAAGAGACGAAAGCCGUUAACGUAUAUAGAAAAAUUUGAACUUUUAAAAAAAAUUAAAGCCGGUGUCUCUAAAGAAAUAAUUCUUCAAAUUUAUAAAAUUUCUCCAUCUACAUAUUACAAUAUAAUUUCACGUAAGUCAGAGAUUAUUAAAAAUGUUAACAAUUUUGAAACGCUAAAUAGAAAAACUUCUAAGAAAAGCGAUGAAAAAUUUUUGAAUUAUGCUAUGAUAAAAUGGUUUUUACAAGAAAGAGAUAGAGGUGGUCCACUUUCGAUAACAAUAAUUCGGCAAAAAGCUCUUUUAUUUAAUAAAAAGCUCAAUGGCAAUACUUCAAAGUUUAAGGCAAGCAAUGGAUGGUUUUGUGGUUUUAAGAAACGAUACUGCAUUAAAAGCAUUCAAACAAACGAUGGAACCAUAUCAAAUAAUUUUGAAGCUGAACAAUUUUUUUCUGAUAUUUUAAAAGAAAAGAUUACUUUGGAAAAUAUAUCUUUAAAUAAUAUUUAUAAUGCAGAUGAAACAUGCAUUUUUUUGCGAACAUCUCCGUUUUCGCGAUUCAUUGAACUUAAUCAAAAUACAAAAAGUUCAACAUCAAAAAAAAGAAAUGAUGAUGGCAAUCAUAUUGCUGCUUUAUUUUGUUCCAAUGUCAAUGGUAGUCAUCCUAUUCCUCCGUUGAUAAUUGGUGAAACUAAAACACAUGGAUGUUUAGAUGCUGAUUUUUUUACUGUUAAAUCAGAGGAUGAACACUUAAAAUACAUUGAAAAUCUCAAUAUCAUCUAUACAGAACAAAAUAAAUCAUGGAUGAAUGAAAAUCUCUUCAUGUCUUGGUACAAGGAUGUUUUUAUUCCACGUGUCAUAGAACAUCAAAAAUCGACUGGCACAAAAGGAAAAGUGAUAUUAAUUUUAGAUAAUGCACCAUGUCAUCCUGAUGUUGAUGAAUUAAAUUCAUUACAUGGAAACUUUGAAGUUUUAUAUUUACCCCGCAAUGCAUCACCAUUAAUUCAACCAAUGGAGCAGGGUUUAAUAUCAAUGACAAAGAAACUUUAUAAAAUAAAUUUAUUAAAAUCUUUAUUAGUUAGUCACAAAAGAACAAAUUGUGAUGAAUUUUUUAGUAAUUUAAAUUUUCAAGAGUGUUUAAUUCUAAUAAGUAAAGCAUGGUACAAAGUAAAUUCGUCUAGUUUUGAAAAAGCAUGGAAAUCGCUUUUAUCUGAUUCUUUAUUUAAUACUGAGAACAAUAUCACAAAUAAUUUAAAUGAAAUCGUCUAUUCGAGUGAAACAUCUGCUGAAGAAUUUUCAAGUUUUCUUUGCGAAGUUUAUGAUCAAUUAUCACAAUUUUUACCAAAAGAUAAAGAAGAAUAUUCUAAAGAAUUUUUCAUGAAAUGGUUUGAAACAAAUUACAAUAAUUGUGGAAGGGAGCCACAGACUGAUGAAGAAAUAAUAAAUUUUGCCAUUAAAAAUAAUACAAAAGUGGUGAAUAAAGAAAGAGAAUUUGUAGAAAUAUCAUGUAAAGAAGAAAAUGAAAAUAAUUGUCAAAGUAGUGAUGUAAAAUCGUCUGAUGCUUUUCAAGAUAUCAUUACGUUUGAUGAUUUUCUUAAAAUGGAAUGUGUAAAUAAUGAAAUCGAGGAAAAUGAAAAUAAUUUAGAAAAUACCGAAUUACAGAGGGUUACGUCGUUGGAUGUAAUUGAUAGGAAUAGAUUAAAUGAAAUUUUUAAAUCACAAGAAGUAACAUCGUCAGAAGCACAUUUGGGUCUAAUGACAUUUAGAAAGUGGCUAGAGACUAGUGGAAAAAGUUCAAAACAACAUUUUCUUUAUAUAGAUGAAUUGGAAAAUCUUAUAACGCAAUAAUUAAGCAUUUUCUACUUAAUACUAAUGAUAAUUAAAUUAUUAUCGCAAAACAAAGUAUUUUAAGAUUGUAUAUAAUAUAAUCGUAAGUAGAUAAAUAUAAAUUUUUGAAAAUUAUUUUUUAUAUUAACAAAAAAUAAAAGUUAAAAAAAAAGA